AUGAAUUUUAACAAUUAAGGAUAGAUUUCAAUAGAUGAUUUAUUAAAGCUAUGUCAGUAAUAUUUAGAAAUGAGUGAUGCGGAUAUUAAAUAAAAAAUGAUCUAAGCUAAUUUUGGAAACCCUAAUGAUUAUGACCUAAAAAGCAAAAUAUAAGAAAUAAUUACCUAAAGUAAAAUUGAAGGAAAUAAAUAAAAGAUUCAGACCUAUAUAGAUUAAGUAAAGUUAUCACUUAUUUAGAAAUGCGCUGAGAGAAUUUAAAAUAUACCCGAAAAUUAAGAUUUCCAAAAUAAUUCUGAAAGAAAUACUAAAAGCAAUGAAUUAAAACAAUGUAACAAGGCGUUGUUUAGGACGAAGGAUCCCAUACUAAAAGAGGAAUAUAAAAAAACGAGUCGAAUAAGUGAUCCAUAAUCUAAUAAUUAAUAUGAAUCUAAUAAGUAAAGCAGUUUAGAAAUGGAAAUGCAAGUAAUUUAUGAGGAAAUUCGCAAACCAACUUCUAUUAUAAAUAUACAUUAAAUUCAUUAAAAUCGCAGAUAAGAAUAAAUUAACCCAUAAACAAACCAAGAUGAGAAUUCACUCUUGUAAGAAGAAAUAAAGAAAAAUAGGUUAGCAAGUAUAGGUAAUAAUAAAGUACACAAUUAAGAAAGAAUUUAAAUUUCUGAUCAUAAUUAAUAUGAUGUUAAACAUAAAUAUGGUAGACCAAGUUAUGUAUCUAUUAGAACUGAUUAAAGAAUUAGAAAUAAUUAAAGCCCUAGAGAAAGCGAUAGAAUUGGUGAUCAUUCAUGUAACAUUCCAAAGAUUAAAUAAAAAGAUAGAUCUCAAAAAGAAUAUUAAGGCAUUACGGAGAAUAAAACAAAUAUAAAUGAUUCAACAACAUAAGAAGGGUAAGACGAUUAACAAAACAAAUUAUUGAAAAAUAAUUUAUAUAUUACUGCAAUCCAAUAAUAAUCUAAAUAUAACGAUUAAGAUAAUAAAAAUAAAUAGAAUGAUUCUUAAGAAAUAGAAUAAAAAAAUGAAUAAAUUAAAAAUUAAUAAGAUACAAAUCUUUUUGAAUAAUUCCAUUAAUAAAAUUUUAUAACAAUUAGUGAUUCUUAAAAUUGUAUUAGAUAAACGGAAAAUGGAACAACAAAAACUGAAACGAUAAAUUAAGAGGUGGAAACUUAAAUGGAUCAUGAUUUAAGAAGAGAAAUUAGUGAUUAGAUAACAAAGCCUAAUGAGUAGAAGGAAGAUGUUAAAAAUGGGAAGGAUAAAGAUCAAAUUACAGUUGUGAGAGAAUAAACUGAUUAGGUAGAAAAAUCUAAUUAGGUAGAUUAAGAAGUGUAAAUAAAAAAGGAUAAUGAUGAAUUUGAUGUGGAAAUAAAAUCUAACUAAUUGAAUUUAAAACUAUAAACUGAUAUAAACCAAGAUUAAGCUAAAUUAAAUAAAGAAUUAAUCGAAAAAGAGAUAAGACAUAACUAGUUAAAUUAUGUUUUAGAAACCGACAUAGAAAAUUAAUAAGAUAAAUUAAUUAAUGAAUAAAUUGAUAAGAAAAUAUAAUAUAAUUAGUUGAAUUAAGAAGUGUAAACUGAUAUAGAACAUGAUUAAGUUACAUUAUUUAAUGAAUAAAUUGAUAAAUAGAUAAAAUAUUAUUAGUUAAAUAAAGAAGUGUAAACUGAGAUAGAACAUGAUUAAGUUAAAUUCUAUAAUGAAUAAAUUGAUAAGAAAAUAAUAUCUAAUCAGUUAAAUUAAGAAGUAUAAACUGAUAUAGAACCUGAUUAAGUUACAUUAUUUAAUGAAUAAACUGAUAAAUAGAUAAAAUAUUAUUAGUUAAAUAAAGAAGUGUAAACUGAGAUAGAUCAUGAAUAAGCUAAAUUAAUUAAUGAAUAAAUUGAUAAGAAAAUAAUAUUUAAUUAGUUAAGUUAAGAAGUAUAAACUGAUCUAGAACAUGAUUAAGUUAAAUUAUAUAAUGAAUAAAUUGAUAAGAAAAUAAUAUCUAAUUAGUUAAAUUAAGAAGUAUAAACUGAUAUAGAACCUGAUUAAGUUACAUUAUUUAAUGAAUAAAUUGAUAAAUAGAUAAAAUAUUAUUAGUUAAAUAAAGAAGUGUAAACUGAGAUAGAUCAUGAAUAAGCUAAAUUAAUUAAUGAAUAAAUUGAUAAGAAAAUAAUAUUUAAUUAGUUAAGUUAAGAAGUAUAAACUGAUCUAGAACAUGAUUAAGUUAAAUUAUAUAAUGAAUAAAUUGAUAAGAAAAUAAUAUCUAAUUAGUUAAAUUAAGAAGUAUAAACUGAUAUAGAACCUGAUUAAGUUACAUUAUUUAAUGAAAAAAUUGAUAAAGAGAUAAAAUAUUAUUAGUUAAGUAAAGAAGUAUAAACUGAAACAGAUCAAUAAUUGAGUAUAUAUAUUAGUGAAUAAAUUGAUAAGAAAAUAAUAACUAAUUAGUUGAAUUAAGAAGUGUAAACUGAUAUAGAACAUGAUUAAGUUACAUUAUUUAAUGAAUAAAUUGAUAAAUAGAUAAAAUAUAAUUAUUUAAAUUAAGAAGUAUAAACUGAAACAGAUCAAUAAUUGAGUAUAUAUAUUAGUGAAUAAAUUGAUAAGAAAAUAAUAACUAAUUAGUUGAAUUAAGAAGUGUAAACUGAUAUAGAACAUGAUUAAGUUACAUUAUUUAAUGAAUAAAUUGAUAAAUAGAUAAAAUAUAAUUAUUUAAAUUAAGAAGUAUAAACUGAAACAGAUCAAUAAUUGAGUAUAUAUAUUAGUGAAUAAAUUGAUAAGAAAAUAAUAACUAAUUAGUUGAAUUAAGAAGUGUAAACUGAUAUAGAACAUGAUUAAGUUACAUUAUUUAAUGAAUAAAUUGAUAAAUAGAUAAAAUAUAAUUAUUUAAAUUAAGAAGUAUAAACUGAAACAGAUCAAUAAUUGAGUAUAUAUAUUAGUGAAUAAAUUGAUAAGAAAAUAAUAACUAAUUAGUUGAAUUAAGAAGUGUAAACUGAUAUAGAACAUGAUUAAGUUACAUUAUUUAAUGAAUAAAUUGAUAAAUAGAUAAAAUAUAAUUAUUUAAAUUAAGAAGUAUAAACUGAAACAGAUCAAUAAUUGAGUAUAUAUAUUAGUGAAUAAAUUGAUAAGAAAAUAAUAACUAAUUAGUUGAAUUAAGAAGUGUAAACUGAUAUAGAACAUGAUUAAGUUACAUUAUUCAAUGAAUAAAUUGAUAAAGAGAUAAAAUAUUAUUAGUUAAAUAAAGAAGUGUAAACUGAGAUAGACCAUGAAUAAGCUAAAUUAAUUAAUGAAUAAAUUGAUAAGAAAAUAAUAUCUAGUUAGUUAAAUUAAGAAGUAUAAACUGAUAUAGAACCUGAUUAAGUUAAUAUAUUUAAUGAAUAAAGUGAUAAAGAGAUAAAAUAUCAUUAGUUAAAUUAAGAAGUGUAAACUGAUAUGGGUAAACAUUAAACUAAAUUAAUUUAUUAAUAAAUUGAUAAGGACAUUCAAUCAAAUACAACAUAUAAUUAAUUAUAUGCCAGUUUGUAGAAAAGUACAAUUUUUAAUUUACCUCUGCUUAUAUAAAUAUUAAAUUAAAAUUAACUAAACGCAUUAUUCUAACUUAUUAUGAUAAUUUAAUCCUUUCCUUCAAUGAAUUUUAGUAUAAAAUAGAAGCUUCUCAUCUAAUUGUGUUUAUUUUAUAUUCUUCAUAUUACAAUUAAUCAACUUAAUUAAUACCAUAAUUGCAUUAUGAGAUAAAUUUAUCAUUUUUCAAGUUAUACUGAUGCCAUUAAAGUUGAUAAUAAUAUGUAUUUGAGAUUUACAUACAUUCCUUAACAUUUCAUAUACAUAUUACAGCUUAGAGGCUAAAGAGUACAUGUAUUCCAAAUUAUUGAUUUCUUUAUUACUAAUUUACCUAUCUUGAAGAUUUCUAGGUAAAGUAUAAAGCAUAAAAUUAAAAUUAAGUGUUAACUUAAUGAGUAAAUGAUAUAAGGUAAAACAAUAAAAGAUGCAUAUUAAUAACCAAUUCAAAAGAAUUUAAAUAGCCAAAAGAUUGAAAAGUAAACUACUAGUUCUAAUAAAUUUUAUAGAUUAUUGAGUCCGCCAGGUAUAAAAUAUGAUUAUAUUGUUAGUUCUUAAGAAUUAUUUUUAGUUUCAAAAUGGGUUAACGAAUUAUUAGGAUUGCUAUUCCUAUUUGUUAAAAUUAAUUCGAAGACAAAAAGCUACUUAUUUUACUUAUUUAAGUUUUCACCUUUUGCUAUGA